UCCACACGCAGUUGGAAAUCUAAGUUUCCGAGUGAAUUGCUGCUGGGCUCGAGCUCUCGUUCCUUCUCUCCUCCGAGGAAUGAUGAGGUGAUUCGGAGCACCAACAAUGGGACCGAGCAUGUAUUGAUGCUUGCAACGCAGAACCUAAACUCCAAAGCAACCCUGGACCUUCAGAACGUGGAGGAGAAGUAACUCCAAAACGUCUCGCUGUUUCAAGGAUGUUCUUCCCAGAUGUGCCUCUCUCAGCCAUCAAUUACGCGCUCGUGUUGGGAAUAACGUGUCUGACGGUCUUCUGCAACUUCACCAAAAGUUCCUCUGAGUUUUCAGGUUACCUAUCCAAAGUGUUGAGGAACUACACCGAGCAGGCUUGUGACGGCGACUUCCUGUCGGUCCGCUGCCCGCCCCGCACCACCAUCACCGUCCAAUCGGCUUUCUACGGCAGGAAAGGCCCCUCCCACCCCCAGCAGUGCCCGUCCUACCAGAGAUACACCCUUGUAGGGACACACCAACUGGAGGAUGACACAUAUUGUUACAUGUCCACUGCACUACAGAAAAUGUUGGAUGAGUGCCAGGACAGGAGGAUCUGUCAGGUCCUUGUCAACAGUCGUCUCUUCGGGAUGGACCCGUGCCCCAGUAGCAGCAAAUACCUCAUUGUGUGGUACAAAUGCAUGCCUAAUGAGUAUAAGAGUAUGGUGGUGUGUGAGGAGGAGAGGAUGAAGCUGAGCUGUAAACAGGGGAUGCAGAUCGCCGUCUACUCUGCCAUGUUUGGUCGAACCCAACAGGGGACCCUGGAGUGUCCUACCCACCACAGGGCACCCUCCGUAGACUGCCAGUCGGGCGUGGCUCUCCAAGUGCUGAUGGCCCGUUGUCAGGGGAAACGGAGCUGUUUGGUCCGGGCAUCCACGCGAGAGUUCGGGGACCCCUGCUACUCUGGCACCAGGAAAUACCUCAGUGUCAUCUACACCUGUGUCCCAAAGAAUUUGCUGCAGCAGGUGCCCAGCCCCAGAGUACCAGUGUUUUACCCCCCACCACCCGGGGCCCAUGACCCAAACGUGGUUGGAGACAGUGCUCCCCCUGAUGAGACGUUGGGCAUAACCUCUGACACUGUGCUCUCAGUUAUCCCUUCAGGCAAGAAGAAGCGAGGGAGAGAGUCAGGCUCCUACUCUGGGGAGGUGAAGACGAACGAGGAAGGAGUGGAGGAGAGCGCCCCCCAGCCUCCGGACAUGAACCCUGUAAUCAACUCUACGACGGGCAGCACCAACAUGGCCCUCAUCAGUAGCACACUGGCAGCCUACAACUACAUAGCAGACCACCCAGAGCGUGCAGCUCUCUACUUCCUGUGUGGCGUGUGCCUGGGCCUCUUCUUUACCCUCUUUGCUCUGGUCGUCCAGAUCUCAUGCCGCACCGACUGCCAACCCCGCCGUCGCCCCAGCACCACCACCAAGAAGCGUCCGCGGCCCUCUGACUCCUCAUCCGACUCCAGAGACUCUGACUCGGACACCACGUCAGACCUGUCGGCCCGCCGCCACCGCCGUUUCGAGCGCACUCUCAACAUGAAUGUGUUCACAUCAGCGGAGGAGCUGGAGCGUGCUCAGCGGCUGGAGGAGAGGGAGAGGAUCAUACGAGAGAUCUGGAUGAACGGCCAGCCGGACAUACCCGGGACGCGCAGCCUCAACCGCUACUACUGAGGCAGGACCGUAAAGGAACCUCUACUAGAUCUAGAAAUGGGGGGAGGCUGUGAAGGUUGGAGCGCAGUACUUGAGAUGGGAUGUGUAGGACCACAAAUGGACCUCUGGGUUUUGGGAAUGGGGCCCCAUGACCUGACGGGGACCUGCGAAGGUUUGGAAUCCUCUGUCUGGGUAUCUCCCUCUGUCAGUCUGUCUGUGUCCAUGUGGGUACUCUAGACCAGGGCUGCCCCACCCUCUUCCUGGAGAUCUACUGUCCUGUUUGUUUUCAGUCCAACCCUCAUCCUGGAGACCUACUGUCCUGUAGCUUUUCAGUCCAACCCUCUUCCUGGAGACCUACUGUCCUGUUGGUUUUUAGUCCAACCCUCUUCCUGGAGACAAACUGUCCUGUAGUAGGUUUUCAGUCCAACCCUCUUCCUGGAGACCUACUGUCCUGUUGGUUUUCAGUCCAACCCUCUUCCUGGAGAUCUACUGUCCUGUAGGUUUUUCGUCCAACCUUAAUUUAGCGUAUCUGAUUCAGCUAGUUAAGAUCUUGUUGAGCAGCUAAUUAGUAGAAUCAGGUGUGUUAAAUUAGGGUUGGACUGAAAACCUACAGGACAGUAG